CUGCAGGUGGUGAGCACACGCCUAGGCAUAGCAUGGCCUGAGGUUCAUUCCAGAAGGUAGGAUGGGGAAAAGCCUGGUGUGGGCAGAGGGGAAGCCCGGAGAAGAACGUGAAGGGGAUGCAGGGCUGGAGGUCAGGGUCAAGCGGGGCUCCAGCUCAGAGGCCAUGGGCAGGGGUGAAUGUGAAUGGGAAGAAGAGGCUCAGGGAGGCUCCCAGAUAAGGAAGGGAUCUGGGGAGAGGGCGUCACACAGGGCACCAGGAGCAGUCAGGGGGGAAGCCGCAGGGCUGGACAUCAGAGUCAAGGGGAGCAGGUGUCCCCAGAGGACAGGCUUUGGGGUGUCUUGGUCUCUCCAGCCCUUUGGCUCCUUCCCCGUGUGGCGCGGUGAGCAGGCCCUGUGACGCCAGGCUGUGAAUUUGGGACUUUGUCCUAGGCAUGAAGAAGACCACGCGGGGUUUCAAACACGUCUCAGUGUUCAGAAACUCUCUCUGAGACCAGUGUGGGUGACUGAGGGCCCUUUAUGACUAGUGGUGGCCCAGUGCCCCUGCCCCUCAGGGCCCCGCCCCUGACCUCAUGGCCGCAUUAUUGCACCAGGGCUGGCUGACCAAUAAGGUGCUGCUUGUUGUUACAAUGGGCCCUAGCAACAGGCCCUGCCCUUGGGCUAACUGGGAGGAGACCCCACCAGGGGGAGAGUGUGAGGGGAGAGGGAGAGCCUGCAGGGCAGACGCUGCGGAUCGCGCGUCCUGUGACUCUCCCCGUCCCCCGCCAGCUCUGAACCACUGGCCACCAUGGCUACUUCGAAGUUGCCGGCGGGGCCAGGGGAGGAGACCACCAUCCUCAUGGCCAAGGAAGAGCUGGAGGCCCUGCGCACGGCCUUCGAGUCGGGCGACCUCCCGCAGGCCGCCUCUCGCCUCCGGGAGCUGCUGGCCUCCUCGGAGAGCACCCACCUGGAGGUGGGCGUCACCGGCGAGUCUGGGGCUGGCAAGUCAUCCCUCAUCAAUGCCCUGCGUGGUCUGGGGGCCGAGGACCCUGGUGCGGCCCUCACGGGCGUCGUGGAGACCACAAUGCAACCCUCGCCCUACCCGCAUCCGCAGUUUCCUGACGUGACCCUGUGGGACCUGCCAGGGGCCGGCUGCCCGGGCUGCCCAGCUGACAAGUACCUGAAGCAGGUGGACUUCGGCCGCUAUGACUUCUUCCUGCUGGUGUCCCCCCGCCGCUGCGGGGCCGUGGAGACCCGCCUGGCCUCGGAGAUCCUGCGUCAGGGCAAGAAGUUCUACUUCGUGCGCACCAAGGUGGAUGAGGACCUGGCGGCCACACGAACCCAGCGGCCCUCGGGCUUCAGCGAGUCGGCCGUCCUGCAGGAGAUCCGUGACCACUGCGCCGAGCGGCUGCGGGGAGCCGGCGUGGCCGACCCCCGCAUCUUCCUGGUGUCCAACCUGUCGCCGGUCCGCUACGACUUUCCAGUGCUCAUGUCCACCUGGGAGCACGACCUGCCCGCCCACCGGCGCCACGCUGGCCUGCUGUCGCUGCCUGACAUCUCGCUGGAGGCCCUGCAGAAGAAGAAGGACAUGCUCCAGGAGCAAGUGCUCAAGACGGCCUUGGUGUCGGGCGUCAUCCAGGCCCUGCCCGUGCCGGGACUGGCGGCUGCCUACGACGAUGCCCUGCUGGUGCGCUCGCUGCGCGGCUACCAUCGCAGCUUUGGCCUGGACGACGACUCGCUGGCCAAGUUGGCCGAGCAGGUGGGCAAGCAGGCAGGGGACCUGCGCUCCGUCAUCCGCUCCCCACUGGCCAACGAGGUCUCCCCGGAGACCGUCCUGCGGCUCUACUCACAGUCGUCCGAUGGCGCCAUGCGGGUGGCCCGUGCCUUUGAGAAGGGCAUCCCCGUGUUCGGUACGCUGGUGGCUGGUGGCAUCAGCUUCGGCACUGUCUACACCAUGCUCCAGGGUUGCCUCAAUGACAUGGCCGAAGAUGCCCAGCGGGUCCGCAUCAAGGCCCUGGAGGAGGACGAGCCCCAGUCGGAGGUCAGCUUGGAGGCGGCUGGUGACAAUGGUGUGGAAAAGCGGGGAUCCGGGGAGGGAGGUGGCGAGGAAGCCCCCCUCUCUACCCGUCGAAAGCUCGGCCUCCUUCUUAAGUACGUUCUCGACAGCUGGAAGAAGCGCGAUUUGUCAGAAGAGAAAUAAAGUGCGGCCUCCACCUCCUGUCUCACCCACAAACCAAGCCUUAACAAAACCAAACAAACAAGGCCGAUGUGGUGAAAAUGUGAGCCACAGUUGCUGAGGGGCAGGGGUGGGGGGAUCUGGAGGGAGUCUUGGCCGGGCAGCGGAGAGGGGGCAUUGCGAGGGGGUGGGGUGGUAGGCCCAAGUCUAAGGAUAAACUAAAAGGGGACAGGAAUUGACCGUGGGGAGACAGGUUCAUGGUAUAAAUGGCGG